AUGGCUCGUGGUAAGGUUCAGAUGAGAAGGAUAGAAAACCCAGUGCACAGGCAGGUCACCUUCUGCAAGCGGCGAAUGGGCCUUCUGAAGAAGGCAAAGGAGUUGUCCGUUUUAUGUGAUGCUGAUAUCGGUGUCAUGGUGUUUUCUCCUCAUGGAAAGGUUUAUGAGCUAGCUACCAACGGAUGUAUUAGGAACAUGCAAGGCUUAAUUGAGAGGUACAAGGGUAGCAACACAGAAGCACAUGGUGAAAGUAGCGAGCAGAACAAACCCGAGGUAAUACAGCAAGAGGUACUACUCUUAAGGCAAGAAAUUGACUUGCUUCAAAAGGGCUUAAGGUACAUGUAUGGAGAGAAUGAUAUAAACCACAUGAAUCUCAAUGAGCUGCAAGCCCUGGAGAGUAACCUUGAAAUUUGGGUACACAAUAUCCGCUAUACAAAAAUGCAGAUCAUAUCUAGGGAGAUUGAGAUGCUCAAGACCAAGGAAGGUAUACUGAAGGCUGCAAACGACAUACUUCAAGAAAGGAUAAUUGAGCAGAGCGGGAUUCUGGACACCGGCAGCAACAUGAUGAUGCCACAAUUUCCCUUCCAGCGAACCAUGGAGGGUGGAUACUACUUCUAG